UGGAUGGCAAUUACUGCCUAACAUGUGGCAGUAACAAGUCACUGAAGCUGUGGAAUCCGCACAAAGGAACAUUGCUGAAGACGUACGCUGGUCAUGGCUACGAGGUGCUGGACGCUGCCGGAUCCUGUGAUAACAGCCAGAUCUGCUCGUGCGGAGCUGAUAAAACCAUCAUCCUCUGGGACGUGGCAACAGGACAGCUGAUGCGCAAAUUCCGAGGUCACGCAGGAAAAGUAAACUGUGUAGAAUUCAACGAGGCGUCCACUGUCAUUGUCUCAGGUUCCAUCGACUCCUCCAUUCGAUGUUGGGAUUGUCGCUCCCGGAAGCCAGACCCCGUCCAAGUUAUGGACGAAGCGAAUGACGGCAUCUCCAGCGUGAAGGUUUCAGACCACGAAAUUCUCUCGGGGUCUGUGGACGGGCGGGUGAGGCGAUAUGACCUGCGUGUCGGCCGACUCCUCACAGAUUACGUCGCUAGCCCCAUAACAAGCGUUUGUUUCAGUAAAGACGGCCAGUGUACACUGAUCUCCAGCCUGGACUCCACACUCCGGCUACUUGAUAAGGAGACUGGGGAGCUACUGGGAGAAUACAAGGGACAUCAGAACAAAGAAUACAAGCUGGACUGCUGUCUGAACCACAGCGACACCCACGUGCUCAGCGCCUCAGAAGAUGGCAGUGUUUACAUCUGGGAUCUGAUUGAGGGCUCGCUGGCUGCGACCAUCCCAGUUGGAAAGGGUGUGGUGCAAUCACUGUCCCACCACCCGACAGAACCGUGCCUACUGACAGCGACCGAGGGCAGCGUCCAGGUCUGGCGAGACGAGUCCUUCGACCCAGAGGCCGAGAUGCCGCUGUGAAGCCCUUUUAACGGAGCCCGCCUCGACCAACAUCAGGUCCCGGGACCUUCCUUAGCUAUGUCCUCCCAACCAACUUGAGAGGUGCUACGUG